AAAAUUCACAACUGAAUGCCAAAGCAACAUGGAGGCUCACGAUUUCGCUCCAGGGCGUCAUGAUAUUUAUCUUCAUCAUGGUUCCGGUGAUAUUGAUUAUUCUGCAAUUGCAUGGAAUUACGAAGGUACGUUCUCUUGAUGCGACAUGAUAUGCUGAUUCGCGGAUAUUCAUGUGAUGUUGUACAGUCUCUCCUGCAGAAACAUUCGAAGUAUACGAACCACGAGAGGAAAGGAUGCAGACGGCUUCUGAGUUCACGAGUGAUGAAGUGACUCGCAACAAUGUUGAGAACGGUGUAGAUAUGCAAGGGAUUGACUGGGAUCAACUUCGUAUGCGAAGGGAUGAAUACCGAAAGCAACGUCUCGACAGAUACCGAAAACGGAAUUAUGAAAACCUGAGGGCUUCACAUGAUGGUAUUUUGAAGGAGGUGAAGCCUGUUCGACCAGAUGGAGAUUUCUAUUCCUUCCGUUAUACCAAACUUUCUGAGAAAUGCUCGAUUGUACAUUUUCAACUUCGAAACCUCCUCUGGGCACCCAACAAGAAUGAGGUUUUUUAUACAUACAAAGACCAUGUGCGGGUAUGGUCACCACAGUUACGUACGAGCCAAGAUGUUUUGCACUUGUCUCGAGACAGAAAUGACAUCAAAGCUAGUACAAUAGCCUGCAAGGAUGACGUUUUAAUGGUUGGCGGUAAUAGUGGAGAGUACAUCUUCAAACGAUUGAAUGCGUCUGACGCUGAUGAACAUUGGGGAAAUAUUACAUCCGAUGCUUCUGGCAUAACAAAUCAUAUUGAUCUCAUCCACGAUCGCAAUGGAGUCUUCCAAGGCCUGAUUUCUAGCAACGAUAAUCGAGCACGAUUGAUGGAUCUUAAUACCCUCAAGAUGACUCGAACUUUUGAUUUCCCAUGGGCAGUAAAUUGUUCGGCAAUGAGUGGCGACAAACGAAUUCUCUGUGCUGUUGGAGAUGCCACUGAGUCGAUUCUUGCCGAUGCGCAGUCAGGAGAAGUUAUAAAAGUGUUGCACGGACAUAUCGACUAUUCGUUCGCCUGCUGCUGGAGCCCAGAUGGUCGAUACUUGGCCACGGGAAAUCAGGACAAAACAACGAGAAUAUACGAUAUUCGAAAUAUGUCGGAAACUUUGCAUGUUUUACGAGCCAAUCUAGGAGCCAUACGAUCCUUACACUUUUCUAAUGAUGGGCGGUACUUGGCUGCAGCGGAGCCUCUUGACUUUGUACAUAUUUAUGAUGCGAAAACCUUCGAUUUGUCUCAAGUUGUUGAUUUCUUUGGCGACAUUGCCGGUGUUUCAUUUACUCCAGAUGACAAUUCGCUGUAUAUUGCAAACUCAGAUGAUCGCGUCGGGUCUAUCAUGGAGUUUGAAAGGAAAAAUCACUCUUGCUGGCAAUACGACGAUGCUUUCCUUGUGUAGGUGCACAUAUCGACGUACAGUAACCAGUUCUUUAUAAACACAUAGCCGUAGGACUAUUCUGAUGCUUAUCACAGUCAGGCCAUAUAUGAAGUAGUAUCGACUCUAUUUUUUCGUCAUUCUCUUUCCUUCAUUUCCGCUUUGUUUUUUCUCGGCAGUAGUCAGACAUUCUCUGUACAAGUAACAUCAGACCUUACGUCAAAGCAACCCAUAUACGCACCAAAAG